AUGACCGCGACUCUCCAGAACAACCUCACCCUCGACAUCCUCGCCAAGGCAGAGGCAGGCGGCUAUGGCAUUGUCGCCCAAACUGCCUACGAUGCCAACAUGGCCCUCGCUCUUGUACGUGCUGCAGAGCGUAGCAAGUCGCCUGCCAUUCUCCAGCUCUUCCCCAUAACACUUGCUGCUGGUGGCGGGCCCUUCCUGCAAUACUGCCUGACCAUCGCACACAACGCAUCUGUCCCUAUCUCGGUGCACCUCGAUCAUGCGACCGACCCCGAGCACUUGGAGCUUUCCAUUGGUCUCGCCGAACAAGGUAUCAAGUUUGAUAGCAUCAUGGUAGACGCGAGCCAUGCCGAGACGGACGAAGAGAACAUCUCCAUUGCUGUUCCCUACAUCAAGCGUUGUGUUGCCGCCGGUGUUGCUACGGAAGUCGAGCUGGGACGACUAGAAGGUGGUGAAGCGGGCCUAAGACAGAUUGACGGAGCGAUGUUGACCGACCCUGCCAAAGCUGAAGAAUUCAUGAAGGGGACUGGCGCUCACGUCCUUGCUCCUUCAUACGGUAACCUGCACGGAAGCUACAAGUUCAUCGGUGGCCCCCAGUACGAUCUCACCAUGCAAACCCGUUUCAAAGGCAGAAUACCCUAUCUUUGUGCCCACGGUACCGACGAGAUCCCAGACUCUCUCUUCCAAGAUCUCGUCAAAGCUGGUGUCAGUAAAUUCAACAUCAAUUCUUGGGCAAGAGACCCGUACUGUGAGACACUCGGCAAAGAGCUGUCCUCCAGCACACCCUUCCCGGAAGCGUCCGAAAAGGCUAUCGAAGCAUAUGCCAAAGUCUGCGACCACUUCUUUGAAGUUCUGGGUUCAAAGGGCAAAGCGGCUUGA